GAGAAACUACGCAGCUAGCUAUUAUUUACAUAAGGAGUUCAGUGGGUCGAUGUUAUUCUCAGCGAUGUUUUUUAAAACCAUAAUAUUAAGUUUCUGUUCCGGUUGAUUCAAAAGAUUUAAAAAAAUAAGUGAAUGACAACCGAUCAUUAUUGUCAGCAAUUUUUGUUUUUAGUAUCAGUAUUACUUUUUUGUAAAUAGAUGCAUGAUGUCAGUUAAAAAUGCAACACCGUUUUUUAUUGGCGUCGCUGGUGGCACAUGUUGUGGUAAGACUGAAGUUUGCAAGAAAAUAUGUGAAGAAAUUGAGGAAAACAUGAACAGUAGCGGAAGGCAGCGCAUUAUAAUGCUUCGACACAAGAAUUUUUAUUGCAAUUUGAAUGAUGAACAAAAAGCUCUGGCUUCAUUAGGAAAAUUUAAUUUUGAUCAUCCAUCAGCCUUUGAUGAUGAAUUAGCUUUAGCUACCAUAAAAACGCUAAAAGAAGGAAAGCCUGUCAGUAUUCCAAAGUAUGACUUUGUAACUUAUUCUCGACUUGAUACAGGCGAGAUAAUAUACCCUGCAGAUGUUAUAUUGUUUGAAGGAAUACUUGUACUUUACAACAAAGAAAUUCGUGAUAAUCUUGAUAUGAAAAUAUUUAUUGACACUGAUUGUGAUACCAGGUUAGCUCGAAGAGUACUACGAGACACAAUAGAGCAUAAGCGUGAUAUUGAUAGUGUUUUGAGCCAUUACACUUCAUUUGUAAAGCGAUCAUUUGAAGACUUUACACUUCCGACUAAAAAGUAUGCAGAUGUUAUUAUUCCUCGUGGUGUGAAUAACACUGUUGCCAUUGAUUUAAUUGUUGAACAUAUCAGAGACAUUCUCAAAGUUGGUCACAGUCAAGAUUCUCAUCGUAUUAGGAAGCAGUCGGAAAACUCUGGAUCACGGUUACAUUAAUUGAUUUAAACAUUUCCAUAUCCAAUUCAUUUUUAUUUUGUUUUAUUUUAUCAUUACCAUAUUUUAUCAGCAUAUCACUGGUUUUGCGGUUCAAGGGUCACUUUUUGACACUAAUACCAUUAAUACCAUUAAUACUAAUUUUUUAACAAUUAUGAAAUUUUGCGUUAAUAUAUUUUUAACUAUGUUUAAA